CAAUACUUGAUUAGUGUGUUACCUCGCACUGUAUCCAGUAGGAUACACGGUGGACCUGCUGGGCUCUGAGAUGUAUCCUGGCACUGCUAGGACAGAACAGUGGGGAUGGCAAGCAAAUGCUGGAAAUCCAGGCUGCUUUUCUUUUCUGUGCAGUGAAAACAGGCCAGGAGCAGCAAGGGCUGCCCAGAAAGCCACUCUGCAACAUGACAUUUGAAGAUUUUGAGAACUACUCUUAUUUCUAUGAUCUGUCUGAGGAAGAUGAGUCACCCCAGUCCUCCCUCAGCAUUGCCCAUAUUAUUUCCCUUUUCUUUUACAGUGUGGCAUUUCUGCUGGGAGUGCCAGGUAAUGCCAUUGUCAUCUGGUUUAUGGGCUUUAAGUGGGAAAAAUCUGUUUCCACACUCUGGUUCCUGAAUCUGGCCAUUGCAGAUUUCAUUUUUGUUCUCUUCCUGCCCCUCUAUAUUACAUACGUGGCAAUGGGCUUCCACUGGCCUUUUGGGAAGUGGCUCUGCAAAAUGAACUCAUUCAUUGCACUGCUUAAUAUGUUUGCCAGUGUUUUCUUCCUGACAUUCAUCAGCCUUGACCGCUACGUCCGCCUUGUCCACCCGGUCUUUUCCUACAAAUACAGGACUGUGAAGAACACCCUCGUUCUGAGUGGGGUCAUUUGGAUGUCAGCUGCAAUUAUUGGUGGCCCUGCCUUAUACUUUAGAGACACAGCUACAGUUCUCAACAAUGUCACCAUUUGCUACAACAACUUCCAUGUGCAUGACAAGGAACUUAUUUUGCUGACACAUCACAUUCUCAUUUGGGUGAGGCUUGCGUUUGGUUACCUCUUUCCUUUAGUGACCAUGGUUAUUUGCUACUCACUGCUGAUUGUCAAAGUGAAGAGGAGAACUGUAUUGACUUCUAGCAGGCUUUUCUGGACCAUCACUGCUGUAGUUGUAGCUUUUUUUGUCUGCUGGACACCGUAUCACAUAUUCAGCAUUGUGGAGCUGUCUGCUCACCAUGAUGAAAACUUGCAUGACUUACUACAGGAUGGCAUUCCCCUCUCCACUGGCCUUGGUUUCAUCAACAGUUGCCUCAACCCAAUCCUCUACGUUCUGAUUAGCAAAAAGUUCCAAGCCCAGGUCAAGAGCACAGUGUCUGAGGUGCUGAAGCUGGCCCUGUGGGAGGUGAGCCGCUCGGGAACGGUCAGCGAGCAGCUGUGGAGCUCAGACAACGCGCCUGUGCACUACUGUGAAACUGCCCAGUGACUGCUCGUGUCACCAGCUCUCUCCAAAAGAGCUGAUAGGAGAUUUGGAGGUGUUCUUGACUUCACAUCUGCCAGUCAGAUGUGCAUCUUUACGUACACAGGUUUCUGUAAACAGCUGGCUUAAUUGCACUUGCUGCUUGAAUUUGAGGGUUUUUGAGGGACACAUGAUUUGGAUGUGCGCCCUUGCAGUGCACAUCCAGCCUGAACUGAAAGUUAUCAGCAUGUAACUGGGCUUUUGAUGAGGAAUAUCAUUGUAAUCCUGUUGGUUUGCUGUGGUUCCAUACCUCGCUGAUAUCAAAAGAACACUAAUAAAAAUAAUCCUCCUUGCCAUUGAUGAUACCUUUCUUAUUUGAGGCAUUCUCAUCAAAGAGGCUGUGGCCAUACAUCCCUGGGUCAUGAGUCUCCUGAUUGCCUGCUACUGCCCCAAGCAGGAAUCCCCUGCCCACCCACCUCAAUGAAGCUAUCUGUGGCUCCACUCUGCAACUGGAGAAGAAUCUCACGAUGGAGAACACUGAAUUGCUGCCUUCUAUUGUCAAAAAAAGAAAACUAUGGAAAAAACCACUGUCUUCUCCCAAUGUUCUUUAUCUUACACUCAAAACUAAGACAGGAGACCCUGUGUUUUCUGGUAACUUAGUGUAUUUUUAACACCAGCUGGGUACAAAAUACUGAGCAGAUGUUUCAUAUAGAUAUUAGGCUCAUUCAAAAUGGGCAAAAAAUUAGUGAAAAUAUUUCUUACAGCUUCUAUGCCAUGCUAUGUUUAAAAUUGUAGUACUACAGAGGUUUUCAACUAUUGAUUGCUCUCUAUUACUCUUUCAAGCAGAGGUAAAGAAAUAAUAUAACAUUUUGUUUGCCUUAAUGUCAAGCUAAAAAAAAUGGGUGGAGUGAAUUCAUCAGUAGUCUGUUACAAGUCUCUAGCCAAAUUUUGACUUCUUUUCCAAAUAAGAGGCAAGACAGUUCAUCCAGGAAAUGGAGUUCACUCCCAUAAGAAAGAUGAAGUAGUCCCAGUUCUGCUGUGUUCCGUUCCAACUUGUUGCCUGCUGCAGAAUCACACAUGCAAUGUAAAUAUAUAUAUAU